AUGGCUUCCAAGGAUUUGGCAAUAGGAAUAAUCUUCUUAUUCCAGACCACAGUGGGAUUUAUGGGAAAUAUCUUCUUUCUUUCCCACUAUAGUGUCCUUUAUUUUACCAGGUCCCGAGUAAGGCCCACAGACAUGAUUCUCAAGCACCUGACCGUGGCCAACUCCUUAGUCCUGCUGUCUAAAGGAGUCCCACAGACAAUGGCUGCUUUUGGAUCGAAACAUUUCUUCAGUGAUAUUGGAUGCAAACUUGUGUUCUAUGUUCACAGAGUGGGCAGGGGUGUGUGCAUUGGCAGCACCUGCCUCUUAAGCAUCUUCCAGGCCAUCAUGAUCAGCCCUAUGACCUCCAGGUGGGCAGAGCUUCAACAACAAAUUCCCAAAUACAUUGGGUUCUCCAACAUCCUAUGCUGGAUCCUGAACAUGUUGGUGAAUAGUUUUAUCCCUGUCUUUGUGACUGGAAACUCAAACAAUAAAAACAAAACAAAGAAAAAGGAAUUGGGAUUCUGUUCUGCAAUAGUCAGUAACCAAAUAACAGGAUCCCUAGUGACAGCACUAUUGUUAGCCUAUGAUGUUUUGUGUGUGGGAUUCAUGAUCUGGGCCAGCAGCUCCAUGGUUUUCAUCUUAUAUAGGCACAAGCAGCGGGUCAAACACAUUCACAGUACCAAACACUCCCUCAGAUCCUCCCCUGAGACCACAGUCACCCAAAGGAUCCUUGUCCUAGUGAGCACCUUUGUAUCAUUUUACACCCUCUCAUCCCUGUUUUUAAUCUUUUUGUCUUUUUAUGAUGCCAAUGAAUGGCUAGCAAACAUCUCUGCACUAAUCCCUGCUUGUUUCCCUACAGUCAGCCCCUUUAUUCUCAUGAGCAAUGACCUCAAAAUAUCUGGGUUCCACUCAUUCUGUUGUGGAAGGAAUAGAGCAGGCUAA